AUGUCGAACAACAAAGCCGAUGGCAGCACGCGCCUCACGACGACGGAGCAGCAUGCCGAGCACGCAAAGGCAGUCGCUGGCCUCGACCACAUCCCCGAUUCCGACCAGCACCGAGCCGUCGACCCGUCCGCUACACGUCAGCCAAUCUCACAGAAUGCGGAUGGCCUUGGGAAAGGCCCGGAGCUCAUCAGCACCUCUCACCAGGUCGAGAUCAUCUGCGGCCCUCUCCUGAACUACAAGCGCAUGAGCAAUGCACACACCGAUCGCCCACAAUGGCACGGAAGCGUUCUGCUGGUCGCGAAGCCUGGCAAUGUGCCCGAGGAGCUCUCCAUACGAUCCCGAGGGCCCACUGGGGGCGCAGCCGGUGCCACGUCUGGCGAGCGCAAGUUCCCUCCUGAGAAACUGUUCGAAGACCCGCGCAAAGGCUUCUGGCGAUAUGAGAUUGACGUGCCCUUUGAGGAGCAAGAGACGGCAUGGGAGUACAUUAUCCCCAGGAUGAUCACGGCAAAGGAUAAGAAACCACUGGACAACGUAAGGACGUUCGUCGUCCCCUCAAAGCAUGAGAGCAUGCGCAUCAUGUUCCAUUCCUGCAACGGAUUCAGCGUGGGAACCGACAUGGACCAGUGGACAGGACCCGUACUCUGGAACGAUGUCCUGCGCGUGCACGAGCAGCAGCCGUUCCAUGUCAUGAUUGGAGGAGGUGAUCAGAUCUACAACGACGGAGUGCGUGUUGAUGGUCCGUUGGCGCCUUGGACCGCCAUUGGCAACCCGAGGAAGCGACGCGAGUUCCCAUUCAACGAGGAGAUGCGAGCCAAGUGCGACAACUAUUACUUCGACAACUACGUGCGAUGGUAUGGCACUGAGCCAUUUGCCACAGCCAACUCGCAGAUCGCCCAGCUCAAUAUUUGGGACGACCAUGACAUUAUUGAUGGCUUUGGUUCUUACACCGAUCAUUUCAUGAAGUGCUCCGUGUUCCGUGGCAUUGGAGGUGUAGCGCACAAGUACUAUCUGCUAUUCCAGCACCAUAUUCCCCCACCACCAUCCACUUACACUACCGAUGCGCCGCAGACCACCAAGACUACCGGGGCCACGACCGCUGCAGACUCCGUGCAGCUGAGAGACACCUUCGUCAUGAUGCCAAAGGUGGAGGACCCGAGCUUCAUCAUCGGUACUCGACCGGGUCCCUAUGUCGAAGAGCGAAGUCGCAACAUCUACUGUCAGCUUGGCAAGCGCAUAGCUUUCUUGGGUAUUGAUGCUCGCACAGAGAGGACUAGGCAUCAGAUCAACUACCCAGAGACCUAUGAUCUGAUCUUUAGACGCGCGGGUGAGGAGCUGGCCAAAUCAAACGGCACCAUCAAGCAUUUGAUUCUGCUCUUGGGUGUGCCGAUUGCAUACCCUAGACUGCAGUGGUUGGAGAACAUCUUGUCAAGUCCAAUUAUUGGUCCCAUCAAGUUCUUGAACAAGCGAUUCGGCGUAGCAGGAGGCGUCUUCAACAAGUUCGAUGGUGGAGUCGAUCUUCUCGAUGAUCUGGAUGACCACUACACGGCUCAUCAGCACAAGAAGGAGCGCAAAGCACUUAUUCUUCGACUACAGGAGCUGUCCAAGCAGCAUAGCAUCCGUAUCACGAUCCUUGGGGGUGAUGUCCAUCUUGCUGCUCUAGGACGAUUUUACAGCAAGCCCGAACUCAACAUCCCUGCUGAGCGCGAUCAUCGAUACAUGCCCAACAUUGUCAGCUCAGCCAUCACCAACAAGCCCCCACCGCAGGCAGUUGCCAACCUUCUCGCACGAAGGAACAAGAUCCACCAUCUUGACCACGAGACUGAUGAGACUUUGUUGGAGAUGUUCGACAAGAACCCAGGAGAGGGUCUUGAAGGCGUCAAGCCAAAGACGGCGAGCAACAACCACGCCACGAUGCCUAGUCGCAACUAUGCCAUCAUCGCGGAGUCACAUUUCCACACUGGCAACCAGACCAAUGGUGAUCCGGCAGCGAAUGGUAUCAGCGGCAUCAACGGAGCCGUCAACGGGGAAGUCUCCGCAGUGCCUGACAACACCAACUUCACCACACCGAAGAACCCACGUGAGCCGCUUCACAAAGGUGAGGAGAAGGCGGGCACGCAGCAUCCGGCCGCUGGUGGCGUACAGAAGACCGGUCUGGCGGGUCUCUACGGACUUGAUGUCUCGAUCAAGGUUGAGAUCCAGUCAGGUCGUCCUGAAGGUGAUACUGAGGGUUAUGGUAUCAGUAUCCCUGCAUUGGACUCGGGAGCUUACAAGGGCCAGGGAUCAACAUGGUAG